AUGCAGCUUUUUCCUUCGCAGGAAGGGUCCGACUUCGAACCAGGCUUUGGUCUUCCUUUCUAUCCUCGGAGAAGGCCCAGUAAGAUGAAGAGGUUGCGAGACAAAGUGCUGGCGGAGUUGGCUGAGAGGUUGCGAAGCAACAACUUUGAAUUUGUUGCGCAACGCGAAGCUGCCGCAGCUGCAGCGGCGACCGAGACAGCUGCAGCAAACUUCGCAGAUCUCACGGUCUUCAGCGCGGAAGAGACAGCCAUCAUAUUUGAUUGGGAUGACACACUCUUCCCAACUUGGUUUGUGACUGAGGUGGUAAAUCCUUGCUUGGAGGAUGUCCAUUGCGAGCAGCUUCCACUUGACAGCCCCUUCAUGGAAUGCCUGAAGAGCCAGGGGCACGCAGUUGAAGACAUCCUUCGGUGUGCACGAGCAUGCGGGCGAGUUGCCAUUGUGACACUGGCACAACAUCCCUGGGUUGUGAACUCAGCGGCCAAGUACUUGCCUGGCUUGGACCUUCCUGGCUUGUUAGAGGAGCUGGAAAUCCCGGUGAUCUAUGCACGUCAGUGUUUGAAGCGCUACGUCAUUCAAGAAGGGACUCAAGAAGGCGAAUGCCUCUGGACCUUAGCGAAGCAGACCGCGAUGACGAAGGUUCUUCGCAAACUUUAUGGUAGAGACCAACCAUGGAUGAACGUGCUGUCCAUCGGAGAUUCCACAGUGGAGCGUGCGGCCGUCAUGGAGAUCAUGUGGAGAAAUCAUCACGAGGAUGGAUCCGGACGCGUGCCAUGUUGCAAGACCAUCAAGCUUAUGGAUGAUCCGAGUGUUGAACAGCUCCAUACUCAACUGGUCAUGCUCAGCAUGUGGAUGACUCAGUUGGCGCAGCAUGGUAAUGACUUUGAUUUUUCCCUUGAUGACUCCGACGAAAGCAUGAGUUUUGCAUGGAACAAUCAGUUUGCCUUCAACGCCGCCACAUAG